AUGGUCCAACUACAGAACUUCUUCUUUUUCAUUACUUCCAUGGUCGUGCCCCGUGGCAUGGCAGCACCCGUACUAUUGAAAUGGUUCGUCAAUAGAGAUGUUCCCACUGGUGCCUCUUCUUCCAAUGGUACUAUAAUUCCUAUUCCUAUAUCUUUAUUCCCUUUUUUGGUCUUUCUACAUUCAAGGAAAUUCAUACGCUCCAUGGACACAGCAAAAAGUGGAGUGUUGGUCAAAGCAAGCCGCCCUAUUCUAUUACCAGACAAAAUUGGGAGAAGCUCAUCCACUAGAAAUGCUUUAUUUCAUUUUGUUCCCGUUCUUCAUUUCCUUAUUAUCGAAUCCAUGGGGGACUUGUCAUAUUUAGAAUCUUUCUGUGUUCUGCUCUGUUUACAAUUCUUUCGUACUCUCUUCUCUUUACCACGCGAUAGGUCAGCGAAGCGUGAGCGGGCGCUCCGAAGUAAAGGCCAAACACUUCGGCCUAAGGGGAAUGAGCAACAAAAUGACAAGAUGAGGUGCCCCGGGCACCCCCAUAUAGAAAGAAGGGUCGAAGGUUUUCGGCCUGUAGCUUUCCCCGCACCCCCCUCGUCGAGUGGUGCUUGUUUGGGGGGUGUGCCACAUGAAAUCGGGCUUGAAGCUCUCGCCUUACCAACGAGCCGAUUGUUGAUGGCAGUUGGUCAGGACUACUACAAAAAAGUGAAGAUGAAUCUUUCUAUUUCACAUGGAGGAGUGUGCAUCUUUAUGUUGGGUGUUCUUCUGUCAUGCGACCCGAUGGCUUAUGUGCGACCUGUGGCCCUCGCCUCCUAUUCUAUUUGUUCAGGGCGGGCGGCGUGA